UUGACGUUGGUGUAGAGAACAAGGAGCGCGGUUCUUCUUUGAUUGGAGGAAGUACGACAAAAACAAAGAAAGAUGGCCGAAGUGGUGGAGCUACAGAAGCUGAAGCUUGCUGAACUGAGGCAGGAGUGUGACGCCCGAGGUCUGGAAACCAAGGGAAACAAAGGGGACCUGAUUGCUCGACUGCAAGCCUACCUGGACGAACAUGAAGAAGAUGUGGAUGUCGAUGAGGUGCUGGCAGAGGAUGCAGAGGAAUUCGCUAAAGUCGAGACUGAUAAUAGCGUAAAGGACGACAAGGAUUCCGAAUCUGUUGAGAGUCCAACACCUACCGAAAAGAAAGUGGUGAAAAUAUCUCCUCCAGCAUCUGCCAGUGAUAAACUCCAGAAGAGAGCAGAACGCUUCAGCGUGCCUGCAUCAGCUGAAAGCAAAAAGGCUGUACGCGCAGCAAGGUUUGGUUUACCUACAGAUGCUGCCAGUCCAUCUCCAGGUCUCGUGGCUAACAGUAAAGCGGCUGUGGAUAUUGACCAGCUGAAGAAGAGAGCCGAGCGAUUCGGCAUGAAUGUUUCAUCCAUUUCACAGAAGGUGGAAGAGGAUGAAAAGCUGAAAAAAAGGAAGGAGAGAUUUGGGAUCUUAACAAGUGCAGGUGGAGCUGGCAAAGCUGAUGUUGAGGCAAAGAAAGUGAAGAGGGCUGAACGUUUUGGAAAAGUGUAAAUAAUGUUUUAGAGUUUGCUUUUUUUGCAUCAAAAUAACUAAAUAAAAAGUUGUUAAAAAGUU